GGCAGCCAUCUUUGUUGUCAUAAAAACAGGUGCUGUCAAACUUGGUGACAUUCAUCAACGGUAUUUGACAAAUCCAGGGGGUUUCGGUACCAAAAUGGCAUGUACGGACGUCCCUUGUGCGACGUACAUGGCCCUCUACAUCGUUUCCAUGCACAUAAUCAACAGCAACUCUCGAACAUCGAGUCACUGGCGACUGAAUUUUGAUGAGGGGAAGGUGGUGACGGAUGAAAAACCGCAAGAUAAUGGACUUAGAAAACCCGAUGAGGAUCUUAUGUUGAAUAUUUUGACGACCGCAAGAGUGUCUAAAGACGGAGAGUGGGUUUUAGAGAUGGAGCAAGGGCACUGUGCGGAUUGUAAAGCUGAAAUUGAAAAUCCCUCCACAGACACUCCUACGAAAUCUACCUCCAUCUCCACCCCUCACCAGGCGGGCCACAGCAGUAAAUACGACCUCCUGAGCUGCGGGAAACCUGUCAACACCACGCCGUACGAUCAUCUACAGGGUAUAGCCAAUAGGAAGGGACACAUACACAUUCCCGAGCCUGAGGUGGCCAUGAUAUUUAAGAAAAAAGGCAGUCGGAGCUCCGAGGUGGACAUGAGCGACCUGGAGAGACGGUUGAGGAAGUCACGGCGAGAGAAGCCAAGGUCAGCCCAAGUCUUCAACCAGAUAGGCAACUACUGGAGGAUAAAAGGCAACACCCAAUUGUCCAUAGAAUGCUUUAGAAAAGCUCUCUCCAUAUCUCCUAACAAUCCCGAUGUGCUUCUGAACCUGGCACGAGUUCUCUUUAAUUUACAGUUCCUGGACGAUGCCAUAUUUCUCACGCGAAAAUCCUUGGAAUUGCAAACGGCCGACCAAAACUCCUGGCUUCAGCACUUUACUUUAGGGGAGAUCCUCAAAGCGUACGGACACUUUCACGAGGCCGCUUUGCAUUUUCGUCACACGCUCGAUCUGAACCCUGGUUUUCAGCCGGCGCAGGCCCAUUUGCGCGAGAUGGAAAUGACUCCUGAUCCCACAGUGACGUACUAUACCCUAUUUAUUAUCCUGUUUCUUGUAUUAGGAGUCUUGGUUGGGAUUCUCACGUCUUUAGAUGCGAACCUGGAUGACUACGGGGAGUUGUCGAAAACUCAGCGCCAUUUUAACAGAGCGAUGGCCAUGAGGUCCAUUAAGCUGGGGAUUAACCCAAAGCUGAUGAGGAUGAGAAAGUGUAACUGUUGAUGGUUUGAUUUUCUGUUGUACUUGGGCAUUGGAAUGUCGGGAACCAGAUUUUAUCUGUAAAAUAGUUUUCCUUACUGUGUUCAGGAGAUGUUGGAAAAAAAUCAUUAAAGGUAAUAGCAGCUGGAAAGUAGGGGCAUGGCUGUAUUGUAAUCUUCAUAUCUGGUGAUGUGAUUUAGAUUACGUCUUGUUUAAUUUGGAUGAGUUUGGAACAUGCAUCUUAUUGAUAACUUCUAUGUAGGCUCCCGUGAUGAGUAUAUGACCAAUGAAGGAUUCUUUCCCAUGUGUCUUGGACAGUGCAGGACAACUUUGCCUGGCGAUGGCAUUUAUUGUUUCCAUGACAACGUAACUUAAUCUUUAUUAUUUAUGUGUUAGGGGCCGCAGUUUCGCAGUAUAUAACAUUGUGCUGCACUCUGGUUGUACUGCAGUUUUAUGGAGUUCUUUAAGCACAAGAGUGCUAGAGGAUAUUUGUUUUAAAUUCUGAAAAAAAGUUUUCGUUAAAGUCUUUUUUGUUUGUUUACUGCAUUUCAUUAAUUCACUUGAGAAAUAUGUGUGAAAUAUUGAAGUAGAUUUCCAGUUAAUAUCAUUGAUUUCAGUGAUGCAGUUUGAAUUUUCAUAUUCCGCAACUAAGUUUAUUGUUAUUUUGUAGUCUUAUUGAUAAAUUCUCAUUUUUCUUUUUAUUUCCAGACUUUAAGUCAACAAUAGCAAAGUCAACAGUGGACAUUUGUUAUUUUUCUUACUUUGAUUGUUUUAUUGUUGCUGAAGAGCAUUUUAAAAAGUAUUGUUUGGUAAAGCAACAAAUUAUACAUUUACAAUUUAAAAAUGUUUGCCAAAGUUGAAGUACUUAGUAAUUUUCAUUAAAGUAUUCUAAAUUUCUAACUGAAUAUUUUGCUAAUUUUAACCAGAACAGGUGAAACUGCAGUUACUAAAUUUUAGUUUUAUUUUCUUGAAUUGUGUAAUAAAAUGUGCAUGCUAUGAAAA